AUGAUGAAAGAAAGUCGUGAAGAAGAAGAGGCAGAAGUCUUACCUCAAGAUCUCAGUGCAGCUGAAGUUCUUCCACAAGGUACUGACAAAACAACUGAUUUUAUUGAUUCAGCCCUGAAAGGACUUAACCCAAGAUGGAGAAACUGGGUUGUUCGUGGCAUCUUCACUUGGCUGAUGAUCUUCUUAUUUGCUUUUGUGGUCUAUUGUGGUCCCCUGGCACUUGUUCUACUGGUUUUUGUUAUACAAAUCAAAUGCUUCCACGAGAUUAUCACGAUUGGUUACAUUGUCUAUAAGUCUUAUGACUUACCUUGGUUCCGAACCCUCAGUUGGUACUUCCUCUUCACAUCAAACUUUUUCUUCUUUGGUGAGAGUGUGAUUGAAUAUUUUGCAGUCCUGCUACACCGCAAUAAUUUCCUGCGAUUCUUUGUGACUUAUCACAGAUUCAUCUCCUUUUCGAUGUACGUCGCUGGCUUUGUGGCCUUCGUCUGCAGUUUGGUGAAGAAGCACUAUCUGAAGCAAUUUACAUUGUUUGGCUGGACCCAUGUGACCCUGUUGAUUAUCGUGACCCAGUCUCACCUGAUUGUGCAGAAUGUAUUUGAAGGCCUUAUCUGGUUGAUGGUUCCUGUUUCAAUGAUUAUCUGCAAUGACAUCAUGGCCUAUAUGUUUGGCUUCUUCUUUGGAAAGACUCCUCUCAUCAAGCUGUCCCCUAAGAAAACUUGGGAAGGAUUCAUUGGAGGAGCAUUUUCAACUGUUAUUUUUGGCAUCAUGCUCUCCUAUCUCCUGUUGCAAUGGGACUAUUUUGUAUGCCCAAUCACUUUCGAUACUUCCUCCAAUAGAUUGUCUAUGGAAUGUGAGCGACAUCCAGUCUUUAAAGUUGCAGAGUACUCUCUGCCAGAAACUCUUGAUGGACUCUUUACUUUGCUGAAGAUUCCAUAUAGAAAAUUCCACAUCUAUCCAUUUGUGUUGCACAGUAUUUCCAUGUCUCUCUUUGCUUCUGUCAUUGGACCUUUUGGAGGAUUUUUUGCCAGUGGCUUUAAACGUGCAUUCAAAAUCAAGGACUUUGGUGACAUCAUCCCUGGCCACGGGGGAAUCAUGGAUCGUUUUGACUGCCAAUAUCUGAUGGCCACUUUUAUCCAUGUCUAUUACACCAGUUUCAUUCGGCUACACAAUCCACAGAAGAUUCUUCAGAAUAUCUUGAUGCUCAAACCUGAAGACCAGCUGCAUGUGUUCAAUUUAUUGCAACAGAGUUUGGUGGACAAUAACUUUAUAAAUAUCACUAGCAGCACUUUGUAG